ACGGGCAAAGCGUUCGAUUUAUAUUUGAAAUGGUAAAUACAGGACAUUAUAUCGUUAUAUCGGUCGAAACAAUCUUGGAUGGUGGACAAAAUAGUGCAGAUGUAGCUAGUGAAAUGGCAUUAGUAUGCCAAUUGAUGCAAUUAUUACUGGGCAGAGUUCAGGAGAAGCAUCUUCAGAUGUACUUUCGAGAGCGCCACAGCGAUUUUUCAACUCUUCUCGGAUUAAAAGAAAAAGUAGAUACACUUAAUAAAGCACCAUGCUGGUGUGCAUGCAUUUUGCAAGAACGCUGA